UAACCUGCAAUCUAGUGGAUGAGAUGUAAACAAAGUUUGAUAGUUGUGGAUCAUGGCGGUUGUGAAGCACAAAGUUUAAAUUUUAAGAGAUUAAUAAGUACCAUAUUACGCAGACUUAAAGAACUGAAAUAAAUUAUCGAAGACAGGAUAAUGUCGGACAUUAAAUCCGUAAUAGCACUGCUGUGCAAACAUGUGAAACUUUCGUUUAAUGUGAACGUGAAGCCAGAACAUUUCAGAUUGUCAAAAUUCAACAAAACUGAAGACAGCUGCGUCUGUCAGAUGUGGGGAAUUCUUUAUAAGAUGUGUAAUGAAGUGUAUCCUCAUCUUUGUGAUGAUGAUGUUGUGAGUUUUGUAAAACUGAGUUUUGCUAUGAUGAAAUACAACAGCAUUGAAUUUUAUUGUCUUCCGCCGGAUAUGUCAUCAGGAAGCAGGGAGCUCCUAUUAGCAAUGGGCUGGCUAAUGCUUAUUUCAGAUGUUCUAGAAGUAUCCACCAAUAGGAAAUUAAGGGAAUCACCAAUGAGUAUGGAGUUUGAUGUUAAAGUGAAUCAGGAAACCAAAAGUGUUCCUUUACAGCCUGUGUUCAAGGCGGGAUCAUUGGAAAGUACUUUAAAUUCCAUUCUUUGGGCUGCUGGAAAAAUAAGGCACAAUGUGAACGCUAUUGCUGAAACUAAUCAGGCAAGAGUCACUUUUGCAAACCGGGUUCAUGAAAGUACUGUUAAUUCUAGUGGGUUACCUCAUCUGUCUGUCAUCGAAACAAAACUUGUUCGUUACCCUGAGCUUCUACCAGAAUAUCUGAAUAGCGUUAACGACAACAUCUUGCUCAUUGAUACUCACAGGCAGUGGCUUAAGAAGUGCUCUGUCUUCUGGGAAUGGAUGGAGACUGUUAUUGCUGAGAAACAGUCUGACCUUCAGAUAAAUCAACUCGGUGUUCAUGACAAGAGAAUUUUGGCUUGCGUUUUGGAUGCAUUGCGCCACAGGAUGAAAGCUUGUAUACUUCGGUGUCAGAGGGUAAGGAGCCGUAACGACACUUCUGCUUCAGAUGAGGAUACUGAUGGCGACACGUCGUCCUCGAUGCAUGACCCAUCAGCUCGAGGGCUGCCACGCUGCAUACUACAGGCAAAGGAGAAAGAUACUGAAAUGGAACUGUUGCUUACAGAUUCAGAAGUUCAGCUACAAGAAGUAAAGUCUUCAUACAAAAUAAAAAAAACAGCAAUUUUACAACAAAUUCAUGAACUUGCAAGACAAAUUGAAAAUGUCGCCGUACUGUUUCCACAUUCAUUGAAGUGAUCGUGUAUAAGAUUCAUUUAUAUUUGGUGAUCUCAGAGCUAGUUAUCACUUACAUACUGCCUUCAAAUAUUGUGCUGUGUGCCUGUUCUUCAUAACCCGUGUAAUUUAACAAAAUGAAGUCUUUUGCAUUCUGAUUGCAGCUAAGAAAAAUAUAGCAAGAACAUUGAAGAACACUGGAGAAACACUGUUGGCAUAAUAAAAACAAUCUAAAAUAAAUAAGGUAGUAAUGUCGGCUAUUUUUAUACUCAGAAUGCUGUGUCACCUCAGAAAUAGUCAUUUUAAUAGGUUAUUCUUCAUUUUUUAUUUGCUAAUUGUUUAGUAUUCUUGUGAAAUUGAACUUAAGUACAAAGUCUUAAACUUAAUGUCCUAUAAGCUUAAUACAAUUUCUUUGAAUGGUCAAAGAUGCUAUAUACGAGGUC